AUGCAAGGAAACAGGGCGACCAGCCCAUCCAAAUCCUUGGAAGCACGCCAGCUUGCCGACUGGGUGGAGAAAUUAGACCUGGAGAAUCAGGUGCUCCGGGAGUGCAUCUCCCGCUGUGCUGACACGCUGCUCAGCGACCCAGCGGCAGAAGACCGAAAUUCAGCGGCCGUGCGGAGGAAAGGACUGGCUGUCCUGCUGGAGAGUGGCCAGGCUGGCCCGGAUACUUCCAAAGCUCGACUUUAUGCCAAACAGCUGUUGCAGAGCCAAGUCCUGAAGUCAAGCCAUGGGCCUUCGAGCACAGGUCGUGCCGCAGCUUUACCGGCUGCGGAGCUUGAGCGGGAGCUCGAGCGGUCCAGUCUCGCGCUUGAUGAGCAGCUGCGCCAGCAGAAGUCCCGGCUGGCCUCCUUGGACGUUGAAGUCGAUGCACUACAGCAUGACCUGGCGGCGACACAAGAGAGGCAGCAGACUUUGGAGAACGCAGCGCUGGAAGAAAGGCUACGCCACGACGCUCUGAUCGCGUCCGAAAUGCAUCAGAUGCAGCUGGAGCUCUUUCAGAUCGAUCAGGAAACCGCUGUGCUUGAACCGAAGUUAUUGCAGAUGGAGCGACAUGGGCAGGCUGUGAAAGUCUUGGGGCACAUGCUAAAGUUUAUGGCGAUCGGCUUGGCACGCGAAAUCCUGUGGCGCUGGCGGUGCUUACUAUCACCUUGA